GUUGAAGGAAAAGGCCUUCAACAAUAAAACAUAGGGUGUAGUUAACUGAAAUAAGAUUAGUAUUUGUAAGUGUGCUUAUAGAAUAAAGCUCAGAUGUUAAGGAAGCUUUCACCAUCACAGUAACCAACCUUUAUGUAGUACAUUUCAUCUCAAAGAUCAUCAUUACAGCUUACCUGUGAAAGUUACCCGAAGUCAUUUAAUGAACAAAUGACAUGCAGUUCCUCUGAAGCACAAUAUAGGAACGACACAAGUGUGCAGUCCUAUAAAACUACAAAGUGCAAUACUUAUUGCUGCUGAUAGGCCUAUUGAAGUAAAUGGGGCAACUCAUACACAACAUGGAGGUCUAAGUGUUAGAAAGAUUAUGUAAGAGUACACAAAAAUGCUGCACAACCUUUUAAUGGUCAGCAACAUCCAUUUGAAAUGGAUGCAGGAAUCUUGUUCUGUGGAAUAGAAUUAAUGCAAAUCUGAAUUUGGGCAAGAUAUUAGGAUUAAUAUUCCAUUCUUACAAAUAAAAAAAAAAAUCAUUGAAUUUUAAAGCCAAGGUUGCCUUAAUUUUAUAUUACUCUGAAAAACUAAAUUUAUGUUUCCAGUGUUAUCACAGCAUUCAUUCCAUGUUCUUCCAGAAAAAAGAGAUCUUCUUGCAUAUAUAGAUCUAAUUCUGAUGCUUUUACACCUGUGUAAAUUGGAAGUAACUCAGAUGAAUUUUUAUGUCAUUUAGAAUAUGCAUUUUUUUCCUUUAAUGCAACCAGAGAAAUACAAAUAAUUGUGUCCUAUUUAGAGUCAGCUCUGAAUGCCCUGACAAUAUACUUCUGCAAAUAUUUUCUUCACUGUUGCGGAAAAAUUCCAAUGAUACUAGAGUGAUCAUCUUCUCCAGAAUCAGUGAUAUUUCUUUCAACUAAAAAUAACCAUGCCUGAAGCCCCAGUUAGAGAGAGUAAGUGUCUGCUGACACGUCAGCAGUACUUCAGAAUCAAAACUAGAAGACAGCAGGUGCCAUAGUGCAGAAAUAUGCCCAGCAGUCAGAAUACAGAAAAAUGCCAAAAACAUGACUGUCUAAAUAUGUGUUAUAAAAAGACAUGAACUGCAUGUGAACUUUGGGAGUUGUUUACAAAAAGAAGCAGAGCUUUGGCAUAUUGGAUGCCCUUCCCCUUAAUCACCCCAGAAUUUGAUAGGUGAGUAGGAGACUUCUAAAGGCAUCAGUAGCAGGGACCUAAUUCUCAUUGGCUUAGAUUUCUGGCCCUGAUGUUUUUUUAAUGCUGGGGGAAGUGAUAUUCAAACCCAACUUCUGCCAUUACACAUGCAGAUGCCUAUGGGGAAAAUUACAGUGGCUUUAUUUAAAGUAAACAUCUAAAGUAUCUGCCACUGAUUUCCAAUGUAACCUUGGAGAAGUGGCAUGAUGUAACACUUUGUUGGCUCUGUAUCCCUGCUAUUAUAUAAUAUAUACAUUUGAGGAAGUGUACAAUGGUAAGAGGAGACAGAAUUUGUACUCCCUUCUGCCCAUUUCCUGACUUAUAUAUGCACCGUUGGGAUUCAUUUGCUAAGAUUCUCGAGGUGUAAAAAAUAACAUUAUUCAGGAAUCUGAUGUUGCAGUUGGGUUGAUUACAGUGGUAGCAGUUCUGUUCUUUCCUCUUGUUGUCAAGUUUAUGCUGGCACAGCAAAAUGGAUGUGCUGUAACCUAGCUAGUACAGCAGAAGUGAAGAUAGUUAUGAUCUUGAACACAGAAUAGCAACCAGAGUACACAUUAUUUAAGGCCCUGGAUUAUAGCCCGUGCUAAUACUCAUGCUGCUUUGAUUUCAAUCUUGCUAUUGUUUAAAGUAGAUUAAAUGAGGCCUAUGUUAAAUUGACCCCUUUUUCCCAUAUGGGCACAGCCUACUAGCUAGACCAUGGCCACAUGUGUCAGGGAUAUGAUGAAGAAAAAUUUAGCAGAGGACUUCUCUAGAAUGCCAUUGCAUCUUUUCUGUUGAGGUGCUGACUUUUAACAAAGCAGGGCUGAUGCUGGGUAUGGACAAAGUAUGCUUUGCCUAUGGAAGCAGUAUGUCAGAUGUAAUAAACCUAUGAGGCUUUGUUUCUUAUCUAGCCCGUAUCAGAGCCCAGAAAGCCCUUUCCUGCUGUGUCUGGUGCUGCUGAAGAAAGGACAGUCUUCAUCUGUGGGAUAACUUUUAUUUUUUCAAGAAAAGCAAAAGUCACUACCGAUAAGGGUGUCAGGAGCAAUGAGCCCAGGUUUUUAGAGCUCUCUUUGUGGUGCUUUGUUCUAGCUUUGCUCUGAUCUUCCCAUAGGAGGAAGAAUUUUAAAUGACUGACCUAUGUGCAGCAACAUUCAGGUUUGCCUGCCUAGUCUCAAGCUGUCUCUGAACCAUCAUCCUCGUGCAGUGGGCGGGCCAGAAAAUUUCCUUUUUCCAAGCAUGAUCCUACAAAAGAGUGUGUUUAGAAUAGUGCCUGUAGCCAUCCAGGACAGGAAUUCUGCAUGGCCUGUAAGUGGCCAGGGAGAAGAAAGGCAUAUUUAAUGCCUUUCCAAGGUAACAUGCCCUUGCAGUGAUGAUCAGUAGGUAUGAUGAACAUAUGGGGACAUUCUUAUUAAAUAAGAAAAUGCUUUCUUCAAACAGCCAUUUUCCAAAGUAGGAUAGCACUUUAAAAAUAGAGCUGGGGUCAAAUUAUGCUCUCAAUCAAGGAAACAAUACACUUUAAGUUCAGGGAGUCCUGUAUAUGAGAAGGCAGAUCUCCUUCACAACCCUGUGAACUUCUUCAAGUCUUCUACCUCUUUAGUGAAAGCCAUGUCCCUAACCCCCUCUCACGGCGCUCCCUGAGCCCACAAAGGCCUGAUCUAAAGCUUGGUGGUGUUACGUGGAGAGCCCCACUGAUCUGAGUGGGAUUCAGCUCUAGUAUCCUAAUAAGCAGCUUGCUCUCCCACUUAUUUCUUAUUCCUCACAUUGACAAACAUGUAGGAUUUUGCCUGAGUGAAAAUUCAAGUCUGAGAUUUAGUCUGUUGUUGUCUUUAAUUCUAGUAUGUUUAUUUCAAAGAGUUUGCAUAAAAAGACAAGGGGCAUUGAGUAUUAAAUACACAAGAAUAAUAGUAUAUGCUGAGGGGAAAUGGAGGAGUGAAAAAACAUGUUUUCAGAUUCUGUCUUUGUUUGCGCUGGUACAGCUGUGCUGGCUGCAGUGAGGAGGCAGCACUGUGGCACACAGCUCCCAGCUGCGGGCUCAGUUCAGCUCCUAGGCACUCAGGCUUCGCUCCCAGUGGUGCCAGCUGGCAUGUUUGGAAGUAACCUCCUGACAAAAAGGCACACUGUGAUUUUAUGAAAGGAGGAUUUUUAAAUCCUGAGAGUAUAGAGGCUGUGAAUUUUCUUCAGGAACAUUCAGUCGUGUACUUGAGAACCUUUGUUCAGUUUUAAAUGACUUUUGAAAUGUUUGCAAAUAGCUCGAGUCUCAUUAUUUAUCUUACAUGGGAGCAGAAUAAGCACCCAAGUAAUGUAUUCACUGGGACUUACAGCUAGACCAUAUAAGGAGAAAAAAUGUGUUUUCCCUGAAACCUGCUUUGAUAUUUACUAUAAAAUGCACCCAGAGUUAAAAUCUUUAUGCCGUGCAUGGAUUUUAUCCCAGAUAUGGUUCAUUGUUCUCAAGAUGAAAGUGCUGACUAAGCUAAGUAUGCCUGAAUCCUCCUAUCAUGUCCUUCCUCUCACAAAUCCUCCUGUCAUCAGCUGAUCUGCUCUGCCCGCAAAACUACGUAUCACUCCUGCUCAGUGCAUUUGAAGAUUCACAUCUGAUGGCAGCAUUUGGCCAUUAUUUUAUGUGGCAUGAUACAAAUACUGUGUGGCCCUUCUCCAGGUAUACAUAGGGACAAACGUUCCUUGAAAUGUGGAAUUUCUUACUAUGGUUGGUCUCAGUUAUGGUCCACAGACACCUCCAAGUGUGACAGUGGACAAGUACCCAGAAGGGUGAUGGUUUUUGUAUGCAGCUUCUGCCUGUGGGGGCUGACCUCACUGUGCCAAAUAAAAGCAGCCCGGCAAUGAAUUUUGAAGCCAAAUGGCACCAGCUGGUGUCCACACUGCUUAGGGCUAUUCUUUCUAAGGAAAAUUUUUCUGAGAGACAGAUUUGUGGGAAUGGGUCCCAAACAGAGGGAGGGAAGGAGCUACAGUUAAAUUUAGCAGGGUAGAUAAAUCAUGUGAUUACCAUGCCUGCUGGAGCUGCCCAGAUCGAGUGGAAAGCCAGUGGAAGCCAGGCCAAGUUUACAUGUGUCUGUAACCUAUAGUGGAGAAACAGUUACAGUGAAGCCCACGUGCAAAGGCGGCAAUUUGACAGUGUGCAAGAGUCUCUCUGCCUUCGUGAGAUAUCGUGGUGGGCAGAGAUGCAAAGAGCAAGCCAGAGCUCCUCACACCUGCAGCUGCAGCCCAGCCAGAUGCAAAGCUAGCCAGAGGGUCUAUGGACUCUCACUCGUUGGAUCAUUUUUGUUGCAGAAGCUCCCUUUCCUCAUCCCAUACCUGCCCUUGCUAUAUACACCCCAAGGGCUUUAAAUGCAGGCUGAGGUGUGUUUGAAACAUCCUUGCUAGUCUUACACUGGGGAUGAGUUUCCCUGCACAAGGGAGAUUCUCCAUCCAAUUUCAACCACUUUCCUUUGCUGAGACACAAAGUAUCUAUCUUAACAGACUGGAGAAUCCAAUCCAGAAUUCUCAUAAAGUAGCAGGAAUAUUUGGGUAUAUCUCAAAGAAACCAUUAUCACCAUUCCCAGAAUGCCAGACAACAAGAUUACAGAAUACCCAAUGAUUCCAUACUCAAAAGUGAUAAUACAUUUUAAUACAGAAGAAGUUUUUAGGGAGGAGCAGUUUGCUUUUUGCUCUUUAAGAUAUCAGUUAAUCAACAAAAUUGCCUCUUUAAACCAACCUUCUUUACAAAACAGUUUAUAAUGAUCAAGCUGCAAAGCUCAAAACAAUAAUAAUAAAAAAUAUAACCCUGAAAACUGGGUUUGGAAGGCAUAAAAUAAUCUUCCUUUACAACAUGGAUGCUAAUAAAAGAAGUCUAAAAUUGUCUAUUGUCAUAGCUUUAAUAUUAACACUGGCUGCUUUGGCAAGCUUUAAAGACUGGGCUGCACUAUAAAACCUAAAAAUGUCCUGGACUUGGAGUUGUUUACACAAAAUAUGAGGAGAUAUAAAGUUACAGAGCUGGGGGUUGGAAGAGAUGGCUUUAAAACCAUCCUCCAUGCACUGACGUCACAUGGAAGCCAGCUGCUAGGAUGAUGCUAAACGGAACUGUUUUUCAGUCUGCAAAAGUUGUGGAGUUACUCAAAGAGAUUUGCAAGUGCUGCCCCGUUUGAAAGGUUGUAUCUUGUUUAGCUUUCUUUUUCCUUUUAAAGAUCAAGAUUUGCAGAACUGGAUCUCAGCUAGCUAUGCAUUUCGUCGCUUUCACUGCUAUUUAGAAAUGGACUGCAAAAUUUCUAAAGGAUUUCUUACUCCAUGAAAGCUAAAAUCAAAUACAAAUAAGACUUAUUUUGAUAAACUUCCAGGAAGCAUUCAGGGAAGAAGGAAAAACACAGAGCUACCUUCUUGCUGUUACACAAACUGUAGCCAUGGACCUAUGUGAACACCUGGAGAAUACUGAGAAGAAUUGGAAUAAAGAGAAGAUGGAACUGCUGGAGAGAUUUGACAAUGAAAGGAACGAAUGGGAAUGUCAAUGGAAGGUCAUGCAGAAGAAAAUAGAAGAGCUUUACCAGGAGGUAAAACUUAGACGGGAGAACAAUAUGAAUGUGCACGAUAAUAAGGACAUUCACAGCAAGAUGCUGCAGCUGUCCAUGUAUUCCCCUACUUCGGAAGAGAGUGACACAGUGGAACGGAACUAUCAAUACAAUGUGGCAAAUGACAGGAAGGAAAAAGGGAGUUUGCUCAGUAAAACAGGACAAGACUGUAAAGAAACCAGAGCCAAGAGGAAAAACAGUGAUCUGUUAAGGGACAAUCUGGCCUUUGAGAACCACGAGGAACCUGAAGACAGCCUCAGCAUCAAAGCUUCCAAUAAAAAUACCAAGAAUUAUAUUGGUGAUCUCAAUGUAGCUCUUAAAGAACUUGCCAGAGUUAGUGAAGAAUUAUGCAGCUAUCAAGAGGAAGUUCGAAAGAAGUCCAACCACAGAAGAAUGAAGUCACUUCCUUUCCUGGGGGAAUUUGAAGAAACCCAAAACACAGUUAUUCUGCCUGAGAUGAACCAUGUGUCCAGCAAUGAAUCACAGACUUCAGUUGCUUUUGAAACAGAGGACCAUAAUAAUAGGAAGAAUCUGAUGAGCUCCACCAACGGUUUGAAGGACUUGUCUUAUAGUGCUGGUGACAGAGGAACAGACUUCAGACCCUGGCAAAAAAAAGAAGCUCCACCAGUUCCUCCACGGAGCACUUCUCGGCACCUGACAAACUCACUUUCUGCAGUUGUCCAGCUUUUUGAAGCACCCAUAAGAGAUCCAAGUGUCAAAAGCAAUUGCAAGGUUCAGGACUGUAGGAGUGGAAAUAAAUUGAUGAAUCCUUCACCUGUGAAACAAGAUGAAACUGCUGUGACCUGUGCAAAUGAAGGACAGACUGUAAAAGGUCCUGUGAUUGUAAGUGCUGCAAUACCUGUAAACAAAAAUGAGUGCAGUGUAUCAGCAAGUUUCUGUCACAACACAUGGGCAUAUGAUGUGGGCAAACUUGAAAAGGAUAGUAGAAGUGAGCCUUCCGCACUGUCAGCCCAGAAGAGUUGUUCAGAUGGAAACAUGGCUCAAAACAAGAUACACCAGAAACAAAAUCUCAAGUCUCAUAGCAGUCGUUAUUUCAGUAAUGACUUUUAUGCCCCUGCUGCCCUGCACAAUGAUCUUUUGGGAGACUCUAGGUGUACUUUGGGAAAGACCCAAAGAAAUGAAACUUUAGCAGCAAAGAUCGAUGAGUUUAACCGGACUGUAUUUCAUACAGAUAAAUGUAACAAUUCUUUGCAAGAAAACCAGAUGCUUCAAACAGCAUCGGAAGACCACAAACCUCGCAGCUCACUGUGUGACUCUGUGAUUAGCAGGACAGAAACUGUAAAUGCAUCCUGUAUUUCAAAUCCCAAAUUCUCUGCAGCAAAGGAAAAAGAAACUAGUAACCCUAGCAAAAUUACCAGAACAGCAGGGCAACAAAAGCAAAUAAAUGGACUUCCAAAUACUAGUGGUUAUAGGCACAUGCUUCAUGAGCAUGACUGGAGACCAAGUAAUUUAUCUGGUCGCCCACGUUCAGCUGACUCAAGGUCAAACUACGGUGUUGUUGAAAAGCUUUUGAAAAACUAUGAAAAAUCAAUAGUGACUUCUCCAUGUAACGCAAAAUGCUGCAAAGAUAAGUGGACGCAGGCAAAUUUUGAGUUCACUGAUGGGGGUUGUGAGACAUCGAGUCAGUAUUUAGAAAUGCUGCAAACUGACCAAGGAAAGCAAGAGUUUCUGAGGAAUUCAGCCAGACAUAUUGGGCAGCAACUCAAGCAAGGAAAAGAGAGGCAGAAGUUACCAGAGGUAUCCAUGCCAGCUAAAUGCUCAAGUGGGAAAGGUUUCUCCCGGCCAGCUCGGCCAGCAAAUCGACGCUUACCUUCUAGAUGGGCAUCCAGAUCACCAUCAGCACCGCCUGCUAUGAGAAGAACAGCGUACAACUAUUCUGUCUCCUUUCGGUCGGAGACCUCAGUAGUCUGAACCCAGAGAUGGGUUGAAUGGUGUUGUGAAAGCUCCACACCUCAUUAUAACUGUGUUCGGUAUGUGUUAUAGCAACCAGUUCUACAGUGUUGUAUCUUGUCCAAGACUGAUCCCAUCACUUGACUUGCUGGACAAUGCAUUUUGAAUCUUAGGUCAUCAUCACAGUCUUCAGUGUUUUUAUUGAGAUGAAAUAACUAUACCCCCAUUUUUCUCUGGUUUUUUUGGUAAUCACUCACAAGGAAUUUUUUUUUUUGAAUGGCAUCUUUCUUAAUUUGCCACUCAAUUUUGAGUUGAAACGAUGUAUAGUGCUGUAUAUUCUGACUCUUCUGCAAACAGCAGAACGUAAAGCUGUAUGCAUGAUCUGUGUUUGUAGGUGCAUGUGUCGGAAUAGGAAGUAUACAGGUCUGUAUUUAGAAGAGACAAACUGUACUAGUGUUGACAUUGAAAUUACAACUUAUAUGCCUACAUAUAUAUAUACUUUGUGUUUAUUUUAAAAAGUUUGAAAUAUACAGUCCUGAUGACAUUUAUAUUUUGUAUAUCUUUUACAUAGGUUCACAGGUGUAGUAUUUAAUGUACAAAAACUAAAUAUGCAUUUUUGUGACUCUGACUGCAGUGAUAAUGCCUUGCACAAUACGUAUCUGAAGCAGACUAGCUCGACUGAUUCCUCAGUUAUGCUUCAUGGCAUCCUUGUUCAGUUUCCUAAUCCAUAUGAUGCUAGGUCAAAGUACCCAAACAUAUUUUUUCUGAAUUAAAAUAUUAUAUGAUUUGUACCACAUUAGCCUUUUUCAGCACCAGAGACAUUCCUGAAAUAUUCCAACCCCUUAAAAAGCUUAAAUGUGCCAUUAUAUAUAUAGCAUACUGUAAACAUUUAACUUUGGUAGAUUCAACUAGUGUAAUAUACAGCUUAUGAAGGGAAGAAAAGGGUUGUGUAUGCUCAAUUCUGUAAAACUUAUUUUUCCUUCUAGCAUUAUACUUUGAGGUUUGGCAAAGUCAGAUAACAAUGGACUUGUUUACUUUCACUCAAGGCAGGAGAACAAGGACUGUUGUUGUUCCCAGUGCUGCCGACGCACUUCUUUUUUACUCUCCUCCUAGACUAGAGUGCCUGAGCCAAUUAUUAACUUACUGCUCCCUGACCGACUUACAGCAGUCAGUUAUGAAGUUUACUUGCACUCUGGCAACAAGCUGCAUAUGGUAUGGAAAUAUUGCAUCGAGAUAUGAUCACACUGGUGCCAGAAAUCCUAGACAAAUGGCAUUGGAAGUAUGUUUUUGCCAUCAUCUGACUCUGUAUUAUUGGCCACCCAAAUGAUGUGUAUGGAUAUGUAUGGGUGCUACCCAGACUCUUGUUGAACUUUCAGAAAGACAGUGUCCUUCAUUUUGGAAUUUUUGCACCCUUCUCCAGGCUGUUGUUGGAUGCGUAGUGUGGUAACAAUGAUAAAUGUUAUCAUUAAACAGCAUGUCUAGGUUAAAAGGAGUAAAGAAGCACUUCUUCAACAUCAGCCUAAUCUUAUGUCUUGCACCUUUUCUUCUUCCCUUGGAGAAAUAUAGUGUGUUCAAAGGAAUUUCAGAAAUCAUCCCAGGAUCCAUUAACAUGCACAUCUUCCUACAUGAAUGUAAAAAGGAUUUCAGAGAGAGUGUAGGCUUUUGUCCUAGUGAAUUGUAUGUGUGGCAAUAUAGGGAAAAUUAGUUGUGCUUAUCUUGGUAGUGAUUUAUUGUCCUACUCCAGUGAUGUUGAGAAUCCACAACUUACUGCUUCCUUUUAGGGCCUUGUUCUUCUUUCUUCUGCACAACUAAGUAAUUGCAGGGAGAGAAAACAGGAGACCACAUUUUCUGCGCACUAUAGCCUGUGUGGUAGUAUGACUACCUUUUCAGGCAUGACAGUGUUGAAGUGAGCAGGCAUUAGAGCCAUAAAUCCAGCCUUAUCACAUCAUUGUGGCUGCCUGCAUAGCAAAGAUGUGCUCAGAGACUUUGCCUAAUCUAGACUUCCUAGUCCUUUCUAUGCGUGAGUGGUGGGAAACCCCAUAAUAACGUACGAAGGCUUCAAGCAGACAAAUAAUUCAUCGAAAUUUACUCAGACAUUAGUACAAAAUUAUUACUGGAAAAAUUACAAGGACAUAAAACCUUGAAGCAAAUUUAUACAGGUUGGAUAGAGACAAAAAUCUGUGUGCUUGAGUGAAAUACCAAGAGUACUAUAGAUUUGCCUGUUUGCCCUAAUUUACAGAUUGCACUCCAUUAACUUCCUUAGAACUAGAAAAAUUAUAGAUGCUUUAAAGUUAAUUUGGAACAUUGCUCAAGAUUAUAUCUAACUGUGAAAAUCAGCAAACCAAAUGCCUUGCAAACUGACCUUUUAAACAGCUUUAAAUGCCUAAAGCUGAGAAGAGGGUAAUAUGAGAGAACUAUGUAAAAUAUUGUUUUUAAUUUCAGUCAGUGUUGACUGUGAUAAAACUUUUCUUUAAAUUGCCUCAUGGUGAUCUUAAGCAGUUUUGUUCUGAAAAAUGGUGGUGCACUUUUGUUUGAAGUAUGUAGCUGUAUGAACAGUUUCCCUUGAUUUGUCAAUGAAGAUGGCUUUAGUUUCUUUGAUUACUUUUGACAUAUAUAACAUUGUUGAAAAAUAGAGAAAGGACCUACAGCACUCCCUGAUGUAUGUAAAUUUAAUUAACAGGAGGUUUUUGAAAUAAACUAAUAGGUCAAGGACAAGUCCAUUUUGUCAAGAUUUUUUGUGUCCAUACACAUUGGUUUUGAUGGCCAAAGUCAUCAAAACUGGUGCUUUUGGCCUAUGGCUAGCUAGCUGGAUAUACCAUUUUUAGAAACUUGCCGCUGAGACUGUUUAAAUAUUGUCUUUUCAGCCAUACCCAUGACAGGACCAGUGCAUCAUGGUGAAUAUUUUAGUUCCCAGAACUGUGAUUACUAAACCAUAGUUACUGCUUAUUUGCUAUAGGAGGGAAGAGCUCUGUCGAGCUUCCAGGUGCCCCCAUAUUGUCUAUGACAGGGAAAUGUAGUCAUCUUGGAAGCUCUGAGGUAAGAGAGUCUCUGCACACACACACACACACACACAAACACGCACACACGCACACACGCACACACACACUCACUGAAGAACCACAAAUGAUCUAAGUGUAACUUGACCUUUCUAUUAAUCCUAGGAUCACCUACAGGAGCAUUUAGUUUUGCAAGCCUGCUUUUAAAAUGGCAGGUUUAAUAUUAUUCCUCCUUAUGUUGUCUGAAGUCUUAAUGCAGAAAUAGUUUCUGUUUAUUUGAACUCUGAACAAGUCUAAGAUUCUCUGUUCUGCAUGUUUAGGGGCAUUAGUAUUGAAAUAAAUGCAGCAGGGAGUUUCAAAGCUAUAAAAACUUCAAAAUAAGUAAGAGGGCAGACACAUGAAACUGCAUCCUCUCUCACACACACGACAAAUCAGCUGCCCAUUGAAAUACUGACAAACUGUCAAAGCUGAGGCUGUCACUAGGAAUCAGCUGGCUGGUACUUAGUUGACAGAAAGGGGAAUUCUCCCUCACACUGGGAGAAGAAGGCAUGAUCUUUCCCUAACUCCCCUUUUAGGGUGGAGGAUGGUGGAGUAGAAACACAUAGAAAACAGUCAUUUAGGUCUUAUCAACACAUAUAGCACAGCAAGCCACCUGAAUGCUAGAAAACUGGCCUCACUCAGUGCCUCUGAUAGAGGCAGAAGGAAUAGAGGAAAAACUUUUGCUAUUAACCUUUGGAUAUUGUUCCUUAAACUCAGCGUAUAUUUCCACUAAGUGUUUCAUCUUUCCUGUGUUAGUGACAGUCUUCUUAUGUAUCUUUAAAAUGUUGCUGAAAGGAUGAACUUUGCUUGUUCUCCAGCAACAGUACAAUUAUCUCUGACCACUGCACAUACAGUAAGGGGAGUCAGCUGCUAUGUAUAGCAAAGAAUUGGCAAUUGGUGUAAUACAAUUUUCCAGAGCAUUCAGAGCACCAGGUUAUUUCUCCUGUUGUCUAUUUAAGAAUUUGUUUCUGUAAAUAGGAAUUUUGUAUCCAAAUGGCUUCAACAGCAUUUUAGCAAAGUUAUACAGCAUCCCAGCAAGCAGGCUAAUUCCCUUACAAAUUUUAUUAUUUCUGGACCAGGCCUAAAUUUCCUAGCAUGCAAGAACUUAUGCAAUUCUCACAGUGCUGCUAUGCAAAGAAUUUCUUUGGCUUUGGGACCUGUAAUAUACAACUCUAGCCAUUAUACUGUUGAUAUUCUCUGUUGAAUUGAUCCGUCUCUUUGAUUGUGUACAUGCUCUUUAUACUGGAAGGAUGAAUGCAUUUGCUUUCCUCAACUAAAUCAAAACCCCUUGUUGCCUCUGGCCUUUCCACCACUCCUCAAUUCCCAGUGGAUGUAUAUUUUUAUGUGAUUUCUUGCCAUUGUUCUAUAUGCAUAUGACAUGGGAUUUUCUAUUUGUACUGCAGUCAAAAUAUUUUUUUGGACAUCCUAUUCUUAAAAGUGAUGAUGUUACUAUGGCCAUUCACAAAUAUAUUAGAUCUUGAUUUAUUGUUUUGCAUCACUGGAAAUGCAUUUUCUUUAUCAGCUGUUAGUGGUAUACACUAUAGAAACUUGUUGCUCUUAUACUUUGAAAUGAUGAUUAAUCUGCUUUUGAUGUUUGCUUCUCUCGCUUCUCCCUUCAACCCCCUUCCCUCACCCCCUGCUCCUGUUUUCUGUUUUGCAAAGUACUUUCCUCAGCAGAAACAUGUUUCUGAUGUGUACUGUUCAUCCAGUUGCUGUGUGGCUAUGGAUCUCAUACUUUAUGGUGCCUUGGUAACAAUGUUACUCUGGAAAGGAUUGUAUCAGAAUUUCCAUGUAGUAAGACAGACUGAACCCUCAAAAUAAUCAAACUGAAAGUGUGCAAAUAAAAAUCAGAAAGAAAACAGAAGAAUCAAAUAGGAGGGUGCAAGACUUGUAGUAAAUGUUGUGGCUAAUUCUUUGCUUCUAAUGGAAGAUCCCUUUGUAGUACCUGCUUCAUACCAUCUGAAACAUCCAGUAAUGUAUUGCCUUUUUUUUUUUUAAUCAGCAUCUUUGUAUGUAUGCUUUUCCUGCUUCAUGAGCAUGUAAUAGCAAGAGCUGCUGAAAGACUCAUAUUAGUGAUGUCAGAUUAAUACCUUCCUCUUCCCA